AUUAAUAGGUUUAAACGAUUAUACUUUAGUUGAAACUUUUCGGAUUCGCCUUUGAGCUGCCGAGCGACCCCCGGAGGAAGACAACUGCGUGCCCCAUAAGAAAAGUGUUAGUUGCAAGUCGUUUUUGCCUCCCAAUGGUUUUACACCAGCUGUCAGCGCUUCACUUCCUUGAAUUUAUGAGUACUUUCGAUUUCCAUUGGACGUGGAUUACUUUAAACGACGACGUAAUUUCGGGAAUUUACCACUACCAAAUUGCUGCUCACUUUGGGCUUGUUACUCUUCAGACAUGUAUGUUCACAAACUCGUCGUUUGCAUGUGCUGUCUGAUGGGCGCUUUAGUUCUGUCAGAAGGCAGGCUGCCGCGCAGGAGUCGCGAGACCUGUGAUUACGAGACAUACGAGCAUGACGGGAACACUUGCUGCCCCUGUCCCAGCGGCUUCCGGGUAUUAAGUGACUGCACAGACAAAGAUGCCACGAAAUGUGAAAUGUGUGAGAAUGGCUACUUUAUGACCCACCCAAACCGAGAUCACACUUGCCAGCCCUGUAAAACUUGUGAUCCCAAUGCCAAUAUGGAGACAAAGAAAAUGUGUUCAUUUUAUUCCAACACUGUCUGUACAUGCAAGAAGGAUUAUUACUGUGACAAGGGUGACCUGUGCAGAGUCUGUUACAAAUGUGACCGGUGUGAGGAACAUGGAAAUGUGAAAAUACCAUGCACAGCAACUAACAACACAGUGUGCCAUGAUGCCCAAGGGGCUGAUGGUACAGUGACCAUUGUUGCUGUUUUGCUGUCAAUCAUGUUCAUCGGGGCUUUGGUGGUCUUUUGUCUGUUUAAGAAGAGAAUAUUUUGUUGUAAUGACAAACAGAAGAGAGAUCCAGUGGAGGCAAAUGAAUUACUGGACCAGAAAGAUGUAGAUGUGGACCUGAAUUCUUACCUGCCAGAUAUAGCUUCCAUUCUGGGCUGGAAAUUGAUGAAGGAUGUUGCGCGGCGCACUGGCAUGACUAAGGUUGAUAUUGAGAACCAUACACUUAACAACCCUGGAAAUGUGAAAGAACAGACCUACAAUCUUCUGGAGGAUUGGUACCAGAGACAGGGAUUAAAAGGAGCCUACCCAACUCUCAUUAAAACGCUCCGUCACAUCAAGAAAAAGGAACAAGCAGAACGGAUCCAACAAAUCGUUGAGAAAGGACUGGCUACAGCUCAGCCAAACAUUGACCAAAAAGUAUGAAGUAAACUUGUUGCAUAAAGUAAAAAAAAAAUCAACUCUUUACCUUGUCAACAUUGCCUCAACCAAUGGCUUGAUUUGGGACUAACUGUUUGUCUGACCAAUGCAAACAGGAACAUGUGAGGAACAUGUGAGAAAGCAAUUUGUUUGGUGACCGGAAUUACACGCUUUGUCUUUCCAGUUUGUUUCUUAGGACAAUGGUAAAGGCUAAUUACUUUUCUAUACAUAUCCUCAGGUCAUUUUAAAAUGUAAAGUGUUAUUUAUGAAAUAUUUGAUAAAGAUUUGGGAAUUGACUGUUAGUAGCAUGAUAACUUCUAAAGCCACUCAUGAAUGCAAGGUUGAAUCAAGUUAAACUGAUAUUUGAACUGACAGUCAGGAACAACCAGAAACUCCUCUGUGUUCAGGCAGAGUAAUUUAAUCUUAUUUCAGUGUCUAAAAUAUUUUUUACUCUGUGUAUCUUAUACUACUAGAUAACUUAUAAAGCUUAUUUUAUAAAUAUGGAAUGGCAAAGUUUUGGAAAUAAUGAUUUCCUCUUUAUAAAUUAAUUGCUGAGUAACAUCACUUGAAACCCUAAAAUAUGAUGUAAAAUAAUUGCAUUGUUGCUCAAGAGUAUAAAAAGUAUUGCUCAGAGGUUGCUUUUCCUUAGCUCAGGAGACUUGGUGGUGAUUCUCAGAUAUCAUUCAUUGGAGUAUCAACAGUGUCUCAGAUGUUUCUCCUAAAAUUCCUUAGGAGAAAUGAAAGUAGACACAAAUGAGACAUGAGAAUGUUCUGAGAGAAAAGUCAAAAUUUGAAAAUGUGGUGUGAGAAACAUGGGAGAUGUCUUUAUUGUCUUGUUGUAAUCUCUUUCAAGACUCCAUUAUAGAAACAUUGUAUUGCUCAAAGUUUGCUCUUUCUAAGCUCAGGAACAUGAAAUUGACAUUUAUGCAUUAGGCAGAUGGUUUUAUCCAAAGCGACUUACAGUAAACUUAUUGUAUUACACUUAUGCAGCAACCUGGAGUUAAGUACCUUGCUCAAGGACACGAUGGUGGUGGCUGUGAGAAUCUAACCAGCAACCUUCUGCUUACCAGUUCUGUGCUUUAGCCUACAAUGCCACCACCACUCAAAUUCAGAGUUUAAGUCUAUAUUAAGAGUGAAAUUAUGAGGAAAUAGGGUUAGAUUUAUGCUUAAUUGUUGACAUACAGUAAGAGAAUAGAACAAUACAGUUUAUGUGAAUAGGGCAGAUCAUUUGUUUUUGGAAUAUACCAAAUGCCUUUAUCCAAAGCAAUUGAAAG